AUGGAUGAGAACUUCAUUUCAAGAGCAUUUGCUACUAUGGGAGAGUUGGUUCUGAGUGUUAAAAUCAUUCGGAACAGAUUGACAGGGAUUCCAGCAGGUUACUGCUUUGUUGAGUUUGCUGAUCUGGCAACUGCAGAAAAAUGUUUACACAAAAUCAAUGGGAAGCCUCUUCCUGGUGCCACACCUUUUUAACCACACUCAGUCUCCACGUUUUGUGUUUGUCAGUCCUGCUGAAGGAGAGGAAAGUUUGCCCAAAUACCAGUAUGACAAAGCGAUUUAAAUUAAAUUAUGCCACGUAUGGAAAACAGCCUGAUAAUAGCCCAGAAUAUUCACUCUUUGUUGGAGAUCUUUCUCCUGAUGUAGAUGAUGGAAUGAUAUAUGAAUUCUUCGUAAAAGUAUAUCCAUCGUGUAGGGGCGGCAAAGUAGUUGUGGACCAGACAGGUGUUUCCAGAGGCUAUGGUUUUGUGAAAUUCUCUGAUGAAUUGGAACAGAAAAGAGCACUAGUAGAGUGCCAAGGCGCCGUUGGUCUUGGUUCUAAACCAAUACGUUUGAGUGUUGCUAUACCAAAAGCUAACCGGUUGAAGACGGUCGAGUACAAUCAGAUGUACAACUAUAACUACAACCAGUACUACCAGCAGUAUCAGAACUACUAUGCCCACUGGGGGUAUGAUCAAAACACAGGCAGUUACAGUUAUAGCUACCCGCAAUAUGGCUACACGCAAAGUACCAUGCAGACAUAUGAAGAAGUUGGUGAAGAUGCAUUAGAAGGCUUCUGUUUAUUGACAGACCCAAUGCCCCAGACGGACGUAGCCGAAGCAAACAAACAGUUCAUGGAACAGAGUGAAGAACUCUACGACGCCUUGAUAGAAUGUCAUUGGCAACCUUUGGACAGUGUAUCUUCAGAGAUUCAAGCCAUGUAAUUGCCUCAUGGCUCCCACACCAUCUCCAAGUGACAUGCCAGUAUGCCUGGAGCUGCCAAGCACACAAAAGCUGGAGCUGGAAGAAGGACUGCGCCACUCCUUUCCUAGAGACUCCAACUCAAGAUUCCAGAGGAUGACUUGGGGCAAUUCUUAUCUGCACUGAGCAGCAGAGGAGUGUGGUGGUCACUUUUAUUCAUGAUGAAAUUAGAACUCAGAUACUUAGUUUUUUCUUCUUUUUCUUUUUUGACCUUGAGACAGACUUAUUAAUCCUUGACAAGGAGUUGUAAUUUAUAAACUUAAAGAAAAAAAAAGGUGUGGUGGAAAAACUUUUACUUCUGUGUAUAUAUAAUUAAAAAUAUCUUUUACAUAG